AUGCUCAAUAAUUCCAAGCUCGGCAUGUGCUGUGUGUGUUAUUUAUCCCCCCCACAGGGGAGGAGCCUGCAGCCUUUAAAAGUGCAGAGGUGGCAGCCUGGUGCUAUUUGCCUGCAGGUGAUCAUCAUGGCCAACUGGAUUAUUAACAAUGGCGUCACCGUUGUCACACUGGUGGUGUGGAUGGGCAUCAACACGUUCCUCUUCGUCUGGUUCUAUCUCUUCUAUGACUUGGGGGAUCAGUUCUUCUACACGCGACAUAUUUUAGGGUCUGCUCUGGCUUGGGCCCGGGCCCCCGCCGCCGUGCUCAACUUCAACUGUAUGCUGAUCCUCCUCCCGGUGUGCCGGAACCUGCUGUCCCUCGUCAGAGGCUCUCUCGUGUGUUGCAGUCGUAGUUUGAGGAAGCAGCUGGACAAGAACAUCGACUUCCACAAGAUGGUUGCCUACAUGAUCGCCUUGAUGACAGCCGUGCACGUCAUCGCCCACCUCCUGAACAUGGAGUGGUACAACAACAGCAGGCGGGGCCUUUAUGACGAGCUCAGCACGGCGCUAUCCAACCUGGAGGACACAGACAACACCACCUACCUGAACCCCUUUCGGAGGACGGACAUCGAUCCACAGCAGACUCCAUCUUACGUGGUCUUCACCACCAUCGCCGGCAUCACGGGGGUCAUCAUCACGCUGGCCCUCAUCCUCAUCAUCACUUCCUCCAUGGAGGUCAUCCGCCGCAGCUACUUUGAGGUGUUUUGGUACACGCAUCACCUCUUCAUCAUCUUCUUUGCCGGCCUCGUCAUUCACGGCGCGGGGCGCAUCGUGAGAAGUCAGACAGACACCAACCCGCGGCACAACUUCACCCUCUGCAUGGACCGCAUUGCCGACUGGGGGCGGGUUCCGGAAUGUCCCAUCCCUCAGUUUGCAGGAGGGUUCCCACAGACAUGGAUGUGGGUCAUCGGCCCCAUGAUUCUGUACCUGUGUGAGCGCCUGCUGCGUCUUGUUCGUUACUUGCAAACAGUCCAAUACAGAAAGAUCGUCUUACGGCCAUCCAAGGUGCUCGAGUUGCAGCUGGUCAAGAGCGGCUUCAAAAUGGAAGUGGGCCAGUAUGUCUUCCUCAACUGUCCGGCCAUCUCGCAGCUGGAGUGGCACCCCUUCACCAUGACGUCUGCCCCCGAGGAGGACUUCUUCAGCGUCCACAUCCGCUCGGCCGGGGACUGGACCGACAAACUCAUCAGCAUCAUGCAGCAGCUCCCGGAGGGGGCGCAGGGGCCCAAAAUGGGCGUGGACGGCCCCUUCGGUACUGCCAGCGAGGACGUGUUUGACUACGAGGUCAGCAUGCUGGUCGGCGCCGGCAUCGGAGUCACCCCCUUUGCCUCCAUCCUGAAGUCCAUCUGGUACAAGUUUAAGGAGUCCAACCCCAAGCUGCGUACCAGAAAGAUCUACUUCUACUGGCUCUGCCGUGAAACCCACGCCUUCGAAUGGUUCGCCGACCUCCUGCAGGUGUUGGAGAGGGAAAUGGAGGAGAGGGGCAUCGGGGAUUUCCUCACCUACAAGCUCUUUCUGACCGGAUGGGAUCAAAGCCAUGCCAAUCACGCCAUGGUGCACUUUGACAAGGAGACCGACGUGGUGACUGGUCUCAAACAGAAAACUCACUAUGGAAGACCCAACUGGGACAAAGAGUUUGAACAAGUCCGCAAAGAGAACCCCACGGCCGUGGUGGGAACCUUCCUGUGCGGCCCGGCGGCUCUGGCAACGGUCUUGGAGAAGAAGUGUGCCAAAUUCUCAGACGUGGAUCCGCGCAAGACCAAGUUCUACUUCAACAAGGAGAACUUCUGAGCAAUAAAAAGACGACGAUGCAGGUUUCCUUACGCAAGACCUGUUGGGGAAUGUCGCUCACGGCUAAUUACAAAAAGACAGAACAGAUGAUGAGAAAGCUGCACGGCAACCAGACGUGUGUGUGUCAAAUUGUGUCAAAAACAAUGCAGGGUGUGUUGUUCCACUGGUGCAUUUUCCCUUCUAGCAACAAUCUGGAUCGUUGAGUAAAUCAGUAAGUCCUUGUUUGGAGCAAACUUAAAAUAUUUAAACUAGGGAUGCACGAUAUAUAGAUAUAUACGCAGUAUAUUUAAAGUUGAUACCAAUAACUUCCUGCUUCAAGACUUCAAACACCGUGACGAUAGGAACAAGCCCUGUGCGUUGGAACAAUUCUGCCAUUUUCAGGUGGCCGAUAAGGGUUAGGGUGUGUGAAGUUUGCCCACCCCGCCUUAUGUUUGCGGAGUCUGUUUAGUGUCCCACUCCAUCUGUUUACAUGUGCGCUAGGGGGACGCGACAACAGUCCAUUUGCAGAAAGUCACAAAAAAGGAGCGCUUGAUUUGCUCAUGCCAACACACAUGUAGCACAGUACGGGUAAUCCCACUUCAUUGGAGAUAUUUUUGAUGCUAUCGGUGUGAGAUCAGAUUGGCCCGAUUUAUCGUGCACCCCUAAUUUAAAAGUCAAAAGUCCCGCCCACAACUAGCUUUGUAAUGGACCCAUGCCGUAUUGUAACGACAGACCGAGGCUGCUUUUCUUUAAACAUAUUUAACAGCGUAGCAUGGCCAUGAUGAAUUGGUUUUAGCAUCUUACAUAAAGAAGUGAUAUUUUUGAUAUUUUUCCUCUCUGUAGCCCUCGUUCUGAUGUAAUGGGCCUUUUCAUGGUUGUUACCAAUGCAAUGUUUUAUCUUUGAAGUUUACACUUGUUAAUGUAUAGGAAUAUUUCUCUUAGUUACAGCUGAUACAGCUUUUGCAAUGUUCUACGACAACUAUGAAGUAAGACCAAGGCAAUGUAAAUAAACAUAUGCACUUUGUACAAAAAUAAAAUAAGCUGUAAAUGAAUGAUCACACACACACACACACACUUGUAUUUUACCGGUAAAGGAAACGGGCAUCUGCAAAACCGUCAAUGAUUUAUUGCUGCUUGCCAAUGAAUAUCCUUGCAUUAGCUUUAUCAGGACUGGUAAGGAAAGGAAGAAGGAAGCAAGUGGCACGUGUGGUAAAUGAUCCAUGAAGGCCAGUCGUCUUUUAAGGAAUUACAGGAAGAGUUUAAGCACUUAUAUGGAAACUCUUUUUGCAUCAAUGAAGAAUAAAAGUUCUUGUGUUUUAUGA